ACUAGACAGGGUGCAAUCGGCACGACUUCUUUUACGCAUCAUUCAGCUUGCGCAAGGCUCUCCUUGGAUCGCGCGCCCUCACGGUAUUCUCAGAAUUACUUUUCGAGCAUUGCGCCUUGAACUGUGAUCCGACGCGCAUUCAACCUCCCUUCUCAUCAGCACUUGAUAUCUUGGACUGGGCAUGUUCUAAACAUCCCACAUCAACAUGGCAUCCGAGAAUCCUCAAAAUCCGCCCCAAUCGUUCAUCUCCAGCUAUGCUCCGCGAUUGCGCACCUACAACAACGGCCUUCUCACCCCGGUGAUCCAACCUGUGACAGCUCUUGCAGCACCCUCAGCAAGGACAACCAAAAGAGGCACGACUGCAAUCAACUAUGCGGAGGAUGGAUACGACGAUUAUGAUGACGAUGACGAUGAUAGUAGAAGAAGACCUACAGGAUUGAGGAGUAUAAGGAGAGAAGAUCUGGCUCAAGCAAAGCAAGAUCUCAGCGAGAAGGUGGGAAUUAAAGCAACAGCACCUGUUGAAGUUCAAGGAAUAUGGAGAGACUGGAUGGGAAAGACGAGGAACGCGAAGUCAGAUCUCCAGAAUUAUGCUCAAGCGUCACUGCCGUUGACUUUGAUCCCAAUCCGAAUCGACCUCGACAUACCAGCCUUUAUUCCGCCUGCACCUCUCCCAGCUCCCAUCGGCGUCCCAUACGGAAAGAUUGAUACUUCCCUCCCAAUAUACAGACAGCAAGAAACGACAGUACCAUACCGCCUCAAGGAUACAUUUUUAUGGAAUCUGCACGAGACUUUGAUUACGACAGAUCAAUUUGCUCAGUGUAUGGUCCAGGAUCUCGAUCUUCCAAAUCGGGGGGCCAUGGCAGCUGAAAUUGGCAAACAAAUCCGUACGCAGCUUGAGGAAUAUGCUGGUGUUGCCCUUCAUCCUCUUUUCUAUUCAUCACAAAGCGAAACCAGUACCGGAGUCGUGACGACCAUGAAGCCAGUCCUCGUUUCGCGAGGUGCGUCGGGGACACCUGCAAGUGGAAUUGCUACACCUGUGCAAAACGGCGAUGGUCAACUAAAUGGUGUCUCUACCCCAACAAUACCUACCGAAACCAAGGUCCUUGAAAACGGUAUCACAGCUACGGCGACUGCGAUCGGAUCUGGAUCUGACGACUUCAAUCCAGACGAUACCUACCGAUGCAUCAUAAACUUGAAUGUCAACCUCGAAAACUGGCUGUAUACGGACAAGUUUGAAUGGUCUCUUCUACACCCUCCUGGAACGGCUGAGAUUUUCGCAAAGCAGACCUGUGCUGAUAUUGGACUUCCUGCCGAGUGGGUACCGGUAAUAGCCCAUGCGAUCUAUGAAGCUGCUCUGCGCGUCAAGAAGGACGCAUGUGAGAGCGGUGGACUUGUGGGUGGAAUUGCUGGUGAGAUACCCAACGAUGCAGCGCACGGAGCCGAGGCUGGAUGGAGAUAUGACCACGAGACUCUCGCAGAAGAAUGGGAACCAAAGAUUGAGGAGCUAACGAAGGAGGAAAUUGAGAAGCGUGAAGGAGAUAGAGAGAGGCAAAUUAGGAGAGUACGACGUGAGACCGCAAGAUUUUCGUCAACUGCCAUGUUGGUUGGAGGCACACCCCAAACCGAAAACAGGGGGUACUUCGACGCAGAUGCAGGAGAGGAACGUAUGGGCAGAGGCGAGCGAAGCAAGAAGAAGCGCAGAUUCAGGAGUUUGAGUCCGCUUGGGAGGUCUGGAACUCCAGGAGGAAGAGGAACACCAGAUGUUGGAGGCGGCAUACCAGCCUAUGGUGGGGCUGGAUCUCUCACAGAGUACGAACGUUCUAUGUGGAGAUGCAAGCAUUGCCAAAUUUGGGGCAGCUCAGUCUGGGCUGUCAGGGAUGGUCCUCAUGGUCCGAAGACACUCUGUAAUAACUGUGGUUAUAUCUAUGAGCGAGAUCGCAAGCUUCCAAAAUGGGCGAAGGAUCUGCACAGGACCGAUUUAUCCACUGCUCAAUACCGAUAAGCGCAACUGCAUCUACUCUGGCGUUGGCGAUAUCAUGACAGGUCUGAAAUUUCACAACAUCGAAUCGGACCUCAUAUUUCUUUGGCUUGUAAUAUGUACGGCGUAUUUGGAGUCACAGAUGGAGGCAUAUCACGUAUCUUACGUGCGAUCAAUGAACGGCAAUGGUGUGGGGAUAGAGUGUCGCUAUGUAUGUGUACGAUAGCUAAGCCUCUGUGAUCAGCUCGGCUUUCGAAGAAUAAAAAGCAUUAAUCUCA